ACAGAAAAAAAGUACACAAGACGUUUAUUUAGUGAAAGUGCACAUGCAAAAGGAAAGAAAUAAAAAAAAAAUGAAUAAUAAUAACAACAAAUGUAUUCAUUCAGUUGUCAAUCUCGGAAAACUUUUCUAAACACGUGAACGCAUGCCACUCAUUGCAUGUCAAGCGCGAGUGUAAAAAUAAUAAUAAUAAUAAUUGGAUUAUGCAUUGUGCAAUAAUAAAUAUAAAAUAUUUAUAGAAAAUCAUUUAAAUCCAUCCAAACUUUUCACAACAACAAAAAAGUUCCAGUUUUUCCGAUAUUUUAUUAAACAUUUUUUGGAUUAACUCUUUAAACACAUAAAAAAGAUCAAAUACUGAUGAGGUGCAAUUCCUAGCAGAGUUUCAAACAAACACACAAACGCAAUGGAGGAACCAAUCAAAGAUCCAUUGGAUGUCUCCACGGAGCUUGCUGAACGUGAAAAGCAGCAAGAAAAGCAAGACGUUGACGAAACGACGACGAAAAAAGUCGACGAACCAAAAUCUGAGGAGGAAAGUGAACAAAGACCGCAUUCGACGGAACUAGUCAUUGUCAAUCCCCCGGAAGAUGAUGUGAUAUCAGCAGAAAAAGUGGAAAAAUCUCCCGAAAAUAUCUCCCAGGAAAAGUCUCCCGUUCAAGAAGCAAAGGAAGAGGAGAAAGUCGUUGAGACUGUUGCAACAGACGCGAACAAAAAUGAAAUUGAAAAGAAAGAUUUGGCAACGAUGCCGAUCGAAAGUGUGGCGGAAACAGAGACGACAAUAAAAACGUCAGAAAAUGUCGAAACCACAUCAAAUGAAGAAACAACAGUGAAAGAUAUCGUUGAUAGUGGUGAGAAAAUAGUCGAAGAAGAAAAAAGUGAGAAGAAUGAAAAACACGAGACUGUUGAGAAUAGCAAAGAAAUUAACGACGUUGAAACAAAAGAAAAAGAGAACGAGUCGACGAAAGACGAUGAUAACGCCAAAAAUGAAGAAAAGUUACAAAGUAACUCGAAUUCGUCGGUAUUAGAGGAAAAGCAACAGAAACCAGAAGAAGAAACAGCGGCGGUUGCGAGUGAAAGUUGUACAACACCAAGAGUGAUGAUGGAAACAAAAGUGUCUUAA